UAUCGACUUUCGUUGGAGAAAAGCAAGAGCUUUCUUUAUACUUCUUUUUCUUAGAUUUAUAAUCUAUGCUAUUGGUUUUGGGGUUGUUAGUUGGGCGUAUUUAAUUCAUGAAAUUGUAGGAGGAAAAUUCCAAGUUUGUUUAUUAACGCUAAUUGUAUUAUUUUAUUAUUUAGCGUUAUAUUUAAUGAUAACAGAAGUCAUACAAUUAGCUCAUUAUAGAAUGAGAUAUUUUACCAAUAUUUAUAACUAUUUCGAUUGUCUAUCGAUUAUACUUCCAACAGUUGUAAUGACUAUCAUGCUUACUCAUUUUCAAUUUUCUGAUGGAUUUGGAAGUGUUAAAGUAGUCGAAAGAGGAUUAGUUGUUGGAAUAACUUUCUCAAUUUUUUUACUUUGGAUUGAAUUUAUCCUAUAUCUCCGAUUGAUAUCAUAUAUGUCGAUUUACAUAUAUUAUAUUAUAAUCAUUAUAAAAAAUGUAUUUCCGUUCAUUUUAUUCAUGAUUUUGCUAAUCAUUGCGUUCGCACACACAAUGUUAGUCUUACUUAAAAAUCCGGAGAUAAUUAAGAUCAAUGAUAAUACAUUUAGUGGGAACGCUAUAAGCACUACAACAAAUGAAAGAUUUAAUAUUGAUAUUAAAUCCGAUUUUGAUCCACGUAACACUAAUGACAACCCAUUUUACGAAUUUCUAACAUCAAUGAAAGCUACAUAUCUUGGUAACUGGAUACAAAGUGAUGUAUUUGACUUUUGGGCUAUUGAUGUAUUAAGUUUAAUUGCGAGUAUCUUCCUUAUAACUAUUUUACAAAAUAUGUUUAUCACUUUAAUGAGUGGUAUAUAUGAACAAGCAGCGACAAAAGGAAGACAAGCUUUAUUAAGAUAUAGAGCAAACCAAAUAGCUGAUUAUGAAGCAUUACAUCAUAUUCACUUGCGACCUCAUGAACCGGAUCCGAAAUAUAUUUAUUAUAUUGGAAGAUCAAAAAAUUUUGAAGAAUGGCAAGAAAGUAGAAAAGAUCAAGAUACAAUUUAUAAAGGUUUUGAAAAUAAAUUUAAAACAAAUAAUCUUAGGAAAUUUGUCGAUGAUAAAUUUUUAAUUUGGAAAUAUGAUGAUGAUAGUAAGAUGUAAAAAAGAUGGUUAUAUAAAUUUAUAAACAUUUAGUAUUAUAUUAAUUAUUAAACCAGAAAUUUACUGUAGUAAUAAC